AUGCGCUAUGGACCGGUUCUGGUCCCCGGCCCGGUGGUUGGAGAUCCCUGCUUAAGUGAACAUGCUUUGUUCACUGCUUUCAAGGACUCUGGGAAGGCACCCGUUGAGACUGAAGUGACCAUUCACCGCAUCCGUAUCACCCUCACCAGCCGUAAUGUCAAAUCUCUGGAGAAAGUGUGCGCUGACUUGAUCCGUGGUGCAAAGGAGAAGAACCUGAAGGUGAAGGGACCAGUCCGCAUGCCAACCAAGACCCUGCGUAUCACCACCAGAAAGACCCCCUGUGGUGAAGGCUCCAAAACCUGGGAUCGGUUUCAGAUGCGAAUCCACAAACGCUUGAUCGAUCUGCACAGCCCAUCUGAAAUUGUCAAGCAGAUCACCUCCAUCAGCAUCGAGCCUGGUGUUGAGGUUGAAGUUACAAUUGCUGACGCAUAA